GCGUGACCUCGGGCACCGCCAAUAUCUUCAAAUCCAUCCAUCCAUCCAUCCACAUUUCGUCUCUCGCGGUUGUUCUUUUCAGCAUUUUACACUCUAGAGAUACCCAAUUUUCCUUUCUCUUUGUUCCCAUUCCCACCCGCCAAGACCACUCAGGAACCCCCAGCAUCAGCCUUACCGCUCUCGAACGGGAAGGCGCUCUGAAUCGCCGACCGACGGUCCAAACUACGCAACCUUCACGCCACCAAGACAAUUGCUUGUCCCCCAACUCCACGAGUAGCGAUCGACACAUAGUCCCAACACACUGUCGGGAAAAACAACGGACGGCACUUCUUAGAGCAAGAGAGCUAUGGCCCCGCCACUAGAGAUCUCCAUCCCGACCACCAGCCUACACACGCCCGCCGACGGCUCCAAGCCCUACACGCUGUACAACAUCACGCUCCGCCUGCCGCUGCGCUCUUUCGUCGUGCAGAAGCGCUACUCCGAUUUCGUCGCCCUGCACAACGCACUGACCUCCUUGGUCGGCUCCCCGCCGCCCGAACCGCUCCCGUCCAAAUCCUGGUUCCGCUCCACCGUCUCCUCCCCGGCCCUCACCGAGCAGCGCCGCGUCGGGCUCGAGCGCUACCUCCGCGCCAUCGCCGAACCGCCCGACCGCCGGUGGCGCGACACGCCCGCCUGGCGGGCCUUUCUCAACCUGCCCAGCGGCGCGGGCGCGUCGGUGUCGGGCGUGAGCGUCGACGGGCGGGCGCAGCCUGUGGCGGGCACGAGGGAUGCCACGCUGGCGGCGGCGAGUGAUCCGGCGCGUUGGGUGGACCUGCGCGAGGAGCUGAGGGAGUUGUUGAAAGAGGCGAAUUGGGUCUUGAGCCAGAACCAGGAUGCUAAGGAGCCGGCUGAGCGGAGGGCGGCGGCUGCGAAGGCGAGGAUGGCGCUGUUGAAGGCGGGGAAUCUGUUACUUGUCCUGAAGGAGGGGUUGAAUAGUAUGAAGAAGGACGGCAGGUUGGGGGAGGGUGAGUUUGUGAGGAGGAAGGACUUCCUAGAUGUUGCGAGUAAGCAGAGGGAUGAUUUCGAGAGGAUCGUGUCGGAUUUCGCGGUGAAGGGUCUAAGCGGAGGUGGCGGGAGCGCAAGCGGUGUUGCGAGUGAGAGUGAUAGGGCCAAGUUGGGCGUUACUGGUGCGCGGAGACCGGUGGGGAGGACGAUCGGCCGGCCGCUGCCCGAGACGGAGCGGACGAGGGAGCUCGACAACACGGGCGUGCUGCAGAUGCAGAAGGAGGACAUGCGCGAGCAGGACGAGAGGGUCAACGAGAUUGGGAGCACGGUUCAGAGACUCAAGACACACGCCAUUGCGAUCAACGAUGAGAUUACCUACCAACUGGGGCAGCUGGAUCUCGCAAAGGAAGGCGCGGAUUCCCUGGAGCGCAAGCUCGCCGUCGCCAACAGGCGGGCCAAGCAGCUCUGACGGGAACCGCCGCCUCCCCGGGAAGAUACGGGUACGGAUACGAAUGAUGCUUCGUCCACGGCUUCUGUCGGUAAUGCCUCGUUCGGGAUGGCUGCCGCAGCGACUCCACACGAGAAGAUGGACGAGCAGGGGCAGGGAGGCGGCGUAGUCGACACCAUGCUGGUGCUCAUGGUUAAACUUGUUUUGGCCGGCGUUCAGGGGAUGGCAUUGUUAGAGUGGCUCCUAACCAAGGUGUGCGGGGCGUUGGUUUGGCUUGUCGAGCUGGGUAUGCUUUUGGUGCUACCCCCAAGUUGAGUGUCCUUGGUCAUUCGGUAUACGAUCAGAGGGUAUAUAACGGGCUGGUUACCUUAGUUGCUACGGUGCCUUGGAGUUGCAACAAGGCUUUCGAGCACAGCAAGUAUGUUCAUGGGUUCUAUCUCUACUUGUACAAGACAAAAUAUACGUCACAACGAGCUUUCAUUACAGUUCCACUUUACCUGGGUGGUCACACUUCGUC